UUAUGUCCGCUUUGUGACAUCAGACUCGCUGACGUUGUUAAUUUCAUCAAAACAAGACCGCUGAAAGCACGGAUGUUCUCUGCACUUUGUGAGGAGAUGGGAGCGGAGCACACAGCUGUGUUAUUUCACAGCGAGGCUCGGUGGUUAUCGCGGGGCAAAGUUCUAUCACGAGUGUUUGAGCUCCGUGAAGAAAUCCGCGUGUUUCUCGAGGAGGAGCGCAUGUACGAAGUCGCAGCCAAGUUUGCUGAUGAGCGCUUCAUGAUGAAACUGGCCUAUCUCAGCGACAUAUUUGGGAAGCUGAAUGACUUGAAUCUUCAGCUACAAGGCAGAGACCAGCACCUUCCUCACCUGGCAGACAAGAUCAGCUCCUUCACUAGGAAGCUGGAGAUGUGGGACAAACGUCUUCAGAAGGGUAAAUAUGACUCAUUUGAAAAUCUGAGUGAGCAUGUUGAAGCCAUGGAUUUGGAUGCUUCUGUCAUCAUCCCAUGUCUAAAGGAGCACAUCUUUUCCCUGAGGGGAUUCUUUCAGAAAUACUUUCCAGACAGCAGUGGUCAGUAUGACUGGGUGAGAGAUCCCUUUAAUGCUGCAGCACCUGCUGAUUUCAGCGCUGCUGAAGAGGAACAAUACAUCGAGAUGACAUCUGACUCUUCCCUGAGACUCAAGUUUGCAUCACAGACAUUGAGUGAAUUCUGGAUUGUUGUGGAAAAAGAGCAUCCCCUCAUUGGACAGAAGGCUGUGGGUAUUUUACUUCCCUUUGCCACUUCCUACCUCUGUGAGAUAGGCUUUUCUGCUGUUGCCUCUUUGAAAACAAAGUACAGAUCUAAGCUCAACAUUGAGCAUGAAUUACGAGUGGCAGUAACAAAGUUCCUACCUCGUUUUGAAAAGAUGUGCAGUGAAAGCCAGGCUCACUGCAGCCACUGAUCCUGAUGACAGACUCAAAAGAGUGAAUCUCACUUACCAAAUACCUGCACUUUUUGUUUGUCAGGACUUAAUUUUAUUUCUUAUUGUUAAGCAUAAUGAUAAGCAACGUAAGCCUAUUCAAUUUAACAUUUAUUUGUUUAUUCAGGGAAAUUAUAAAUGUUACUAGAUUUGUCAGUGUUUUGAAAAAGAUGUUUAUAUUUCAAAAUUUUGAUGCUGUUAAUAUUUGUUGCCAAAAACUUGCCCUUGUUCUUCUUCGACACUUUGUUCUUUUGAAGAUAGCAGUGAAGAACUGGUCAUCAGAUUACAAUUGUAAUACACAGUCUUCAUAAAUGUUUACUAUUCUUUGUUGCACAAAUUAAACUUUAUUGUUAUAGUUUUGAAAAAGUUCUGGCUGAUGGAGCAACAUGGAGACAAAAUCUCCCUAAAACUGGUUGGCCAAGCACUUUUUUCCAUUUCAUUAAAAAAAGGUUCUGAAAUGUUUGCGAGGACCACUUUAGUGGUAUCUGGCAUUAAUUGAGAAGUGUGCACGCAAAUGUGAGCACCAUCAUACUUGUAUGUAUGGAGGUUUUUCUUUUUUCCAUUAAAAAAGUUUAACCCAAGCGUUAAUUUUUACAUUCUCAUCGAGGAGGGGGGGCCUGGGAUGUUUUCCUCCUCCAAACGGGGGGCUUGGAAGAAAAAGUUU